UCAAAUCAAAGAGCUAAGAGUGUGUCAAGAAGGAACAUUAAAUUGGAUCUGCCCCAGUGGGAAGUAAGACAAAAAAAACCCAAAAGUUAGAAGCUUUUCAAGGCUUGAAAGCUGAGACCUUUGGAUGGAGGAUUGUUGAUGUAUUUUGAUGGGUGCGGAUAGAAUCUUUCAUAUGCUUCCAUUCCUCUCUUUUCCUUAGCCCUCACUCCAUCUAUCCAUCCAGGUCCACGUUUAGGCCCACCUCUUCUCUCCACCCAUUUUCAAACCUCCUCUGCAAAGCAAAAUCAGUAUCAAAUUCGGGCAUUCCCUCAGUAAUCUGCAUUUUCUUAUGUUAUAUGUGUAGUGGAUGCAAAAGCAAUCUUUCUUUCACUCAAUAGAAGAACCCCAUUUCUCCAUUUCCCUCUCUGAGAUCACAUCUGUACAGAAAAAUCCCUUCUUUUUUUCAUUUUUGUAACAAUGAGUGGGGCGCAGGUACCCAAAUCUUCAAAACUGGCAAAACCCGCGAACUCUACUUCAUCAUCCUCCUCUACUACGGCAAAGCCAUCGUCUCUUUCCUCUCACCUUGCCAUGGUGGAACUGAAGCAGCGCAUUCUGACUUGCCUUUCCAAGCUAUCGGAUCGGGAUACCCAGCAAGUGGCGGUGGAAGAUCUCGAGAAGAUUAUCCAGACCAUCUCCCCCGAGUCAAUUCCCAUGCUCCUUAACUGCCUUUUCGACUCCUCUAAUGAUCCGAAGCCUGCUGUGAAAAAAGAAUCCUUGCGGUUGCUCUCGAUGCUGUGUCAUUGCCACGGUGAAUUGGCAGCAACCCACUUGACGAAAAUUGUUGCUCAUAUUGUUAAAAGGCUCAGAGAUGCAGAUUCUGGGGUUAAGGAUGCGUGUCGUGAUGCUAUCGGUGCACUUUCUGGGCAGUAUUUGAAGUGGGAGAGUGGGGGGACUCUGGUAGGGUUGUUUGUGAAACCGCUGUUUGAGGCAAUGGGGGAGCAGAACAAAAGCGUACAAUCAGGGGCAGCAUUGUGUAUGGCUAAGGUGGUGGAAUGUGCAGCUGAUCCACCUCAGGCUUCAUUCCAGAAGCUGUGUCCAAGGAUUUGCAAGUUGCUGAAUAAUCAGAAUUUUAUGGCUAAGGCUGCACUAUUGCCAGUGGUUGUGAGUUUGGCGCAGGUAGGAGCAAUUGCACAACCAAGUUUAGAGUCAUUGCUGCAAAGCAUCCAUGAAUGCCUUGGCAGUACAGAUUGGGCAACACGUAAGGCAGCAGCUGAUGCUUUAAGUGCCUUAGCUUUGCAUUCAAGCAACUUGAUUGCAGAUGGAGCGGCCUCCACAUUAGCAGUGCUUGAGGGGUGCCGUUUUGACAAGAUAAAGCCUGUCAGAGAUAGCAUGACAGAGGCAAUACGGUUAUGGAAGAAAAUUGCUGGGAAAGGUGAUGGAUUUGUAGAGGAUCAGAAGGCAUUAUCUCAUGAUGCUGAAAUGUCAGAAAAGAAUGACCUGAAAAAUCCAAAUCCUAGUGAGAGAAAAACAGAUCCAUCUGCAAAGAAUGCAUCUGAUGGUUCAUCCCCUACGUCUGAUGCUGCUUCCAAAGGUAAAAGUGGAAGCAUUCCUGACAACGCAGUUGUCAUAUUGAAGAAAAAAGCACCGGCAUUAACUGACAAAGAGCUGAAUCCAGAAUUCUUCCAGAAGCUUGAGACAAGGGAUUCUGGUGAUUUACCAGUUGAGGUUGUCGUUCCUCGUCGAUACCUUAAUUCUUCAAACUCAAAAAAAGAAGAAGAAUCACAAACAAACGAUUCAGACUCAAGGAGAAGGUCAAAUGGCAUAGGAAGCAACCAGUCAGAGGAUCUUCAAGGGUCUCUCAGUAGCAGAUAUCAUAACAGGGAGAGAGAAAGUGCUGGUUUGCAGGAUAAAUGGCCUGAGGGAAAAGCAAAUGGGAAAGACCCAAGAAUAAGGGCAUUAGAUGAUGAUAGGGUUGAUGUAAAUCAAAGGGAAUCAUCUGGAAAUCGUUUGGGUUUCUCCAAAAUGGAUGGACAAUUGGAAGCAUCCUUCAUCAGCAACAAAGGAAACUGGUUAGCUAUUCAGAGGCAAUUGUUACAUCUGGAGAGACAACAAGUGCAUCUAACAAAUAUGCUGCAGGACUUCAUGGGUGGUUCUCAUGAUAGCAUGGUAACUUUAGAGAACAGGAUUAGGGGUCUUGAGAGAAUUGUUGAAGACUUGGCACAUGACUUGUCAGUUUCAUCUGGUAGGAGAGGUAGUAAUUUUGUGAUAGGGUCGGAAGGAUCUUCUAAUAGACCUCUGGGGAAGUAUAAUGGCUUCCCUGACUAUAGUGGUGCUAAGUACAGUGGGCGGAUUCCAUUUGGAGAGAGAUUUGCCCAAUCUGAUAGUGUUCCUCAAAGUAUGAGGGGAAGGGUUCCCUCUUGGAGAACAGACAUGUCAGAUGAUUGGGAUUUUCCUGCUUAUGGUGCAUCCAGAAAUGGGCAGGCUGCCUAUAGAAGAGCUCCUGGUGGAAGCAGUCUUGAUGGGAGAUCACCUAAAUCAGACCAGGAGACUGAUCAGAUUGGCAGCAGGAGAGGUUGGGAUAAGGUGCCAGGAACUGUUAGGUUUGGUGAGGGGCCUUCUGCCAGAAGUGUUUGGCAAGCUUCAAAGGAUGAAGCAACCUUGGAAGCAAUUCGAGUGGCUGGGGAGGAUGGUGGAAUGUCACGGAUGGCAUGUGUUCCAGAAUUAGAUGCAGAAGCCGUGGGUGAUGAUAAUGUUGGGCAAGAUCGUAACCCAAUCUGGACUUCUUGGAGCAAUGCAAUGCAUGCCCUUCAAGUGGGUGAUAUGGAUUCUGCUUAUGCUGAAGUUACAUCUAUUGGGGAUGAUCUCUUACUCAUGAAGCUAAUGGAUAGAUCAGGUCCUGUGCUAGACCAACUCUCAAAUGAGAUAGCAAAUGAGGUCUUGCAUGUUAUUGUUCAGCUCAUGCUGGAACAUGAAUUGUUUGACAUAUGCAUCUUGUGGAUUCAACAGCUGGUAGAAGUGCUGUUGGAAAAUGGACCAGAUGUCUUGGCCAUUCCCAUGGAGCUGAAGAAGGAGCUUUUGUUGAACUUGCAUGAGGUUUCUUCAAUGGAUUCUGCUGAGGAUUGGGAAGGUGCACCACCAGACCAACUUCUGAUGCAGUUAGCAUCAGCCUGGGGAAUUGAAGUGCAACAGUUUGAUAAGUAGCUGUAGUUCCAUGGUUUUGGUAUUCUGCACCAUGCAUGCCAACUUCUUGAUCUGGUUUUUGGUUGAUAACUGUACUUAAAAUGAAUGGAAUGGUAAAUGAAAAGCGAGGAACAUUUGCAUUAAUAUUAUGGCUAUACAUUUCUGCUC